GCGCCCACCCUGCUGCCAAAACGCAGCUGCUUGGGGGCACAGAGCGCAGGACCACAGAAGCAGACACGCCGUGCCUGUGUAGACUUAGCAGCCCGCUCCUUUGAAGGGACAUUCUACGUGCAUCGGGAAAGGAGAAGGGACACUGGACUCAACAGCUUCGCUCAGACCAGUGGGGUGACAGGGUCCUGCCCUUGGACAGCCAGGCGAGAGCCACCACUGGCUUGGGAACUGAGCGAAGAAAAAUCUCGGACUUUGGAGAAAUCGGAUUCAAAAGAAAUGCAGAAAGAUAUCCAGGGCAGCCACCGGAGUCCGGAAGCUUACUAGACACCAGGUCACCGUGACCCCGGGAACAACAGUGACUGACAAGCGCACAGACCAGGCGCUCGCCAUCAUCUACGGGUUUGCCCGGCGGUGCCGCCUCCACGGCGUGGGACCCGGGUGCAGACGUCCACGGAGGCCGCCAGAAAGCGACAUGCAGCGUGCAGCCCCCGGACUGCCCCAGCUGGGGAACCUCCUGGGCUGCACGGCGCGACGGUGACCCGCGCGGGUGCGAGGGGUGUGCCCGGCCCCGCCUGCGCGCCCCUCCCCGCGGUGGCCGCGCAUCCAGGGGCGGCGCAGAGCCGAGCCGCUCGCCCAGCCGCCAGUGCCCGCGAGCGCCGCGCCUGCUCGGGGAAUCCACUUCGCUGCUAGACGCUCCUCGCUCACUCUCGAUUCCUCCCCGGCUGCUUCCUAUGGCUUUGACUCUGCGGCCGGAGCCUAACCACUAACGGAGAAACUUUUCCUGCGGUUUCUUCUUCCCACCCCCUUCCAGGAGAGGAUUAAAAGUUGCAAGAACUGGUGCCGCCCGUGUCACUUGGGUACUCGCCGGCGAGUUCCGAGUCUCAGCCAUGUGCACCAACAUAGUUUACGAGUGGCUGAAAGCGUUACAGCUUCCUCAGUACGCUGAAUCCUUCGUGGAUAAUGGCUACGAUGACCUGGAAGUGUGCAAGCAGAUCGGAGACCCGGACCUGGACGCCAUCGGGGUGCUGGCUCCCGCGCACCGCCGGCGCAUCCUGGAGGCUGUGCACCGGCUGCGGGAACAGGACGCGGCCGCUGCCGGCCUCUACUUCACACUCGAACCGCAGCCGGUGCCACCCGCACCGCUGCUGGAAGCGGUGCCCCCAGGCCGCCGGGGGGAGCCAUGUGGCGGCUCAGCCCAGGGCACUCGCGGGGACCCCCGUGGCCAGUCGAGCGCUCCCCGCAGCAGGGAGCUGGUGAGCUACCCUAAGCUGAAACUGAAGAUCAUGAUCCGGGAUAAGCUGGUUCGCGAUGGCAUCCACCUAAGCAAGCCCCCAUACUCGCGCAAGGUCCCAAUGGCUGGCAUCCUAGAGUACUUAAUGAAUUGGCCGAAGUCAUCACAGAACCGCUAAAUAUCAUUUUUGAGAGCCCGUGGCGGACUGAUGCGGUGCUGAAGACUGGACAGGGGCGUAUUUAGAACCUUCUUUCACAAAGGGAACUGGAUGGUGACUCUGCAAGCACUCAUGAGCUUAACUUUUUGCUCGGAAAAUUCUGGAAUUAUCAACUUAGUAAGCCGAGUAAUUCACUUGUAGUCAGGAGUAAGGCAGUGACGACCGCCUUUGGAAAUAUAUUGAACGUGCUUUUCAAUGGACACUGCAUGUGGGAAGAAGUCCGAUACAUCUCUUGGAAUUUCUCUCCUUUGCUCUUUGAAAUUUCCAUCCUCAUAGAUAGGAUUGACUAAGACUCAUGGGGAAUUUACUAAUUUCGAGUAUACUACAUAAAAGCAGGUUUCUUACAAUAGCUACUUAAUUGUAUAGCUUUCAAAUUAGCCUCUAUCUCGAGAAAAGUAUCUUUCAUUUUUUCUCUUAACAUACAUGUUAUUUUACUUUAUAAGGCCUUGUUUUCACUAAGUUACACUAUUCCAUAUAAUUCUAUGUAAACUAGUUUGGUGAAGGAACUCUUACUUUAGGUACUUUAUAUAGUGAUUUCACAUAGAAGUAUAACCAUAACUGACAGUUUAAGGAAGAAAUUAUUUUCUGACUUUUUAGAUGUAAUUUGGUGGAGGGAUGACUGCUACAUCAGAAGUACCAUGUCCUGAUACAUGUCAGCUGUUUAUAGUCUUCUUUGCUCUUGCCCAACUUCCCAAGUUGCCUCCUCCCAUCCCAUACCCCCUCAACAUGUUUCUGAUACCAGGAGGUGGGCAGGGCCGUGGUCCAAGGCCGUGAGCAAAAGGAGCCUUGUCUGCACAUCUGUAUGCACAGAAAAUAAAAGGAAAGGGGUAGGAAAGGGAAAGGAAACCUGGAGUGUUAUAUUUUUCUUUUUCAUCAUUAUUUUCUCUGGGUGUUGGUAGUCUACUUUUCUGCUAAGAAAAUACAACCAUGAUGAUGGGGUCUAAACUUCGUUGAGGAAAGGCUCCCGGCGAUUUUAACAAUGUUAACAAGCAUCUGAGGCUGGCAAGUCUGGAGAGACCCUCAGCUGUAUUUUACUGUGGAACCAUCCUUUCACCACGCAGAAGUACAGCAAAGACACAAGCUUGCCUCAGUAUAAUUAUGUUCAUGAACAGGAAACUCUUAAAGGCAAGAGAUUGAUAUUCACUUUGUCUCUAGAAAUAGGUAGACAAUUAAGAAGGGAUUACAUCUCCAGAGGCACUCAUGGCAUGAAACUUUUUUUUUCUCUUUCAAAUCUAAAGUUUAACCACUUGAGCUGCCUUCAGAGAUGAAUUUAGGCACUGUGCAAAGCCUUUUUUAGGCUUAAAUACAAAUGUAAGGAAAUUAAGUUCUAAGAGCAUAUGUGAGUUGUCCCUUAUGAGGUACAAUCAAGUGCUCGUCACCUUUGCAAAUAAGCUGAUCUGUAAAAUACCUGUUAGAUUUUUAAAAAAAGGUGUGGGUGUCUGCAUAGAUUACUGAUAUGAUUUAUUGUGAUAAUAAAUGGCUUCCUGGUUGAGACCUCAUUUCCAGGUGCCACAUCUGUGGCAGAUUUAUUUCGCAGAUGUGCAUUUGUAUGCAUUUGUUGAACUGUGGCUAGCAAGGACCCAAUUUCUGAAAAAAAUCUAUUAUUUUCCCCAGAGGCAAUAGAAUAAAAUCUUCUGCAACCAAAAAGGGCCUUUGGGUACUUUCAAGCUUUAUUUUCAAUUUGAAUGAUGUCGGACUUCAAUUAUUUGGCUAAAUCUAAAUCUUGUCUCUAUGCCACUAUUAGAAUUUGAAAUUAACAAUAAUCCGCCUAAGUUAGGAGUCACAAUUUAGGAUAGUGGAAUAGCCAGUGGCUCAGAAAGAUGUCUUAGGUAAAGCUAGAAGAAUAAAACUCGGGAAGAGAAGCAAUGAAAAGAAGUUUGGUAACUCCUUUGUACUGAAUCCACAUGAAGUGAGAAGACAUCACAGGAGUUCUGACCUUGAAUUGCAUCUAUAGGGACUUAUCUUCAAGAGUCAAUUUCUCAUUGUGUUUUUUUUUUGUUUCCCCCAUUUAUCUAAGCACUGGUGAUUUCCUUAAUAUCUAAAUGUGAUGAUGAAAAGAUAACAGAAAGACGCAAAUCUUGAUCAUGUCAAAGAUUCAUAGUUUCCAGAAAAUUAAGUCAAGUGACAUUAGUUUAUAAUGUUGAGAGGUUUAGAAAAUAAUAGCAAAAAAAAAGGAGUGUAUGAAGAUAUUCACUUCUGCAAAAUGUUGCUUUGCCCAGUAUGGUGGUACACAUUCAUAAUCCCAGAAGAAUUCCAAGUUCAAGGCUAGCCUAGGUUAUGUAAUCAGAGUCUGUCUCAGUAAGCAAAUCAAACAGGAGGGUGGGUCUAUGGAGAUAGCUUAGUUGGUCAAGUUUGUACCAUGCAAGCCUAGAGACCAGUGUUUGAACCCCAGACCCCACAUAAAAAAGCCAGGUGUGGUGACAUGCAGGUAGAUUGUCCACAGUGGGGAGGAAGAGAGAGCAAGGUCCCAUGGAUUGCUAGAAAGCUGCCUAGUCUAUUUGGUGAGUUAUAGGCCAGUGAGAGACCUGUGUCGAAACAAUGAAAACAAAGAAACCAAAUCAAGGUCUGCUUGCAGAGGACAUCUCUGGCCUCCACGUGCACACACAUAGACACACACACAGACACACACACACAUACAAAAUCACACACAUACACACACACACAUUCACACAAUAAUGGAGGAAGGGGACAGAUAGAUUUCUAGACAUAGAAAAAUAGCAAUUUAAGGGAGAAUAAAGCCAGAAAUCUCAGGAAAAAAAACACCCUGAACUUUUGGCUACAAUAUAGUUUCUCAGUUCAGAUCAAGCAAUUUCUUAGAAAAGUUUGCAACGUGGUUGAUAAUUUUAUCUGAAGGAAGACAAUGAGCAUUAAGUUUUUCCUUUGAAAUUAUACAGAUUGCAGCUGACAUCCUAGAACUACCUCAGGACUGUUUUCCUGUGGUGACGCUGCUAGGUACCCAAGCUGGAGUACAGCUUGAGGAAUCAUUGCAAUAAUUCCGAAACUUAAAGCUUCUUUUCUCUCAUCCAGAAAUGGCAAAAAUAAGUAACUCCUCUACUUCUUAAGAGGCUUAAGUGGUCUCCAGCUUAUAUCUAUUCUCAGUCUUUGGCUUAGGCAAUGCAUUAGCAGGCGCUCCCUGUCUCUCCCCAACUCCCUUCCUGAAUUUCAGUUACUUAUUCAUUUCCUCUUAUGUGGAAGAGAUUACUUUAAGACUAACUAGAGAAUUCAAGCAUAUAUUGACACGUCCUGCCGCUGGCUGUCCAGUAAAUAGGGACUUUUGCUUUCUUUUGAGCUCAGAAAAGCUACCUUGUGCGGGUCACAAUAGGAGUUCAGUGAAUGAUUAGCAGCUGAAUGAAGAGAAUUUGGCUUAACUACAAUAGGCUAGGGAGGUGGCUCAGCCAGGGAGAUGCUGUCCUGGCAAGCACACAGGGCUAAAUUAGACCCAAGAAUCUUCAUUUAUAAAGAAUAACACAGUGGCAAGUACUUGUAAUCCAGUGCUACGAAGGUGAGGAUAGUUGGAUCCCUGGAGCUAGCCUGGUCUACUUGAUGAGAGACCCUGUCUUUCUUUCACACACCUAAGGUGGAUGGCAUCUGAGGGACAACAUCUGAGGUUGUCUUCUGGCCUACACACACACACACACACACACACACACACCACCACCACCACCACCACCACCACCACCAACAACAACAACAACAACACCCCUAUCCCCACAACCCCCUGACACCCCCAACAAAAAAGUGAUCAUAUUUAUAAAGACCAGCACGUUUCUUAUCUGGAAAAGUUGUCAUAUGGCACACAUGUAGAUAUUUUCUUAGUGUUCCUUCUUCCAUAACAUCAGAUAUAUACAUUCAGAGAGUGAGUGGGGUAGAUGUGUAUGGCCCUGUAUUGCACAAGGUAAGAGCGCAAGUGACUUCCCUUGUCACCGCAUCUGCAUCUGCAAUGAAUCUGGCCAAGCAAUGAUGCAGAUGACAAGGACUCAGUCAGCCCUUUUCUAAGCUGUGAAAAGAAAGCAUCAUACCAGUGAGCAGGGACCCCUGCCUCAGAACUGACUCCAUCAUGUCUGAAUAUUUUUAAUCAUUGAGUAUUGCGAAUGGGUCUCUUGAGUUGAAGAAAACAAAAUGUGGGGGAAUGCUUCAUUCAUAUCUACCAUGGGGAAUAUCUAAGUUGGUGCAAAAGUUACUUGUCCAGGCUGAUGAGCUAUUCCACACACUUUCAAGGAUCCAAGAGAAUAAAAUGGAGUAUUGGAGCCUGGGACACAAAAAUGAAACGAAGACCCAGUCUCCAAUGGACAAGUCUUGGUCCCAACCAAGUGCCAAGGAUUGGAAAAUUCAUCCAUGAGAUAAGCUAAUAACACAGAAUAGAACCACAGGCGUGCAUACAUAGACUCUUUGCUAAGCCACAGAUUGCUCAGAGCAAAACCACAUUAGGCUUUGGUUUCUAGAAUAUUCUGAUUUCACUCUUAUAGUGAGUCUUACCAUUAAUUACAUAUUCUUACAUCAGAUUCUCUACAGUAUCAGAUUCUUAAUUUUAAAAUCCUCUACUGCUUUGGCUUUAUUAUGUUCUAAUGCGAUAAAAUCCAGUAACUUCCUUGCACAAUCAAAAAGCAAAAGUUUAGAAAUUUCUAUCACUUACUUGCAAAGGGGGCGAAAAAGGCAGGUAGCUUAGUAAAAUGAUCAACCUUCUUUUCCCUUUUUUUACUUAUCAAAAUAGAUAUUUUCUUUUUAAAAUCUGUUUAAGUUCUAGAAAUAAAGUUUCAUCUUAUUGAUUCUUGUUAAAAAAAAGUUUUUUUUUUUCUUUUUACAGUUUUCCUCAAAUUUCUUCCAUUGGGCCAAAAUGCAAUUCAUGAACUUCUGAACAUUAGGCUCUGGUUUCUAGAAUAUUCUGUUUAAACUGAACGUUUUCAUAGAUAUAGACUGUGUAAUAUCUUUUAUUAGGUGGCUUUUUUUUCUUAUUCCAAAAAUGAAAUGCUGUAUUAAGUCUCAAAAGCAAGGUGGCAUAUUAAAUAAGAUGGACGUCAGACAGACUGCGGUUUUUUGCAGUUGCUGCUUCAUUGGCUGAACAUGUGAUGAGAUGCAAGCUGGGUUAUUCAAAUCUUCCACUGAAAAGUUGUCCCUAUACAGAGGUUUGUGGAGGGGCUGAGAUGUCAACAUGUUCUUCUCCGUCAGUGGUUCUCAGCCUUCCUAAUGCUGUGACCCUUUAAUGCAGGCUUAUUUUAAUGUUGUGAUGGCCCCCAACCAUAAAAUUGCCUUGGUUGCUACUUUAAAACAGUUAUUUUACUACUGUUAUGAAUCAUACUAUAACUAUCUGAUGUGCUGGGUAUCUGAUAUGCUAGCGCUGUGAAAGGGUCCUUAGACCUGCGAAGAGCUCGUGACAAGUUGAGAUAAGGGAUCAAGCAGACUUUCUGACUGAAAAACUACCAUCUGGAUUUGUAAACAUAAUGACAAAAUAACCUUUUUCCCUCUUUCUUUCUUUCUUUCUUUCUUUCUUUCUUUCUUUCUUUCUUUCUUUCUUUCUUUCUUUCUUCCUUCCUUCCUUCCUUCCUUCCUUCCUUCCUUCCUUCCUUCCUUUCUUUCUUUCUUUCUUUCUUUCUUUCUUUCUUUCUUUCUUUCUUUCUUUCUUUCUUUCUUUCUUUCUUUCUUUCUUUCUUUCUUUCUUUUCUAUGGAGGGACUGUAUGUGGCAAGUCUGGGAAGAGCAUAAUUGGGACAUUGCUGUGAACCAUAUGAUGUAUGCAUCAUUGUGAUUUGCAAACAUAUGUUUCCCCUUCAAUAAAUGUCAUGGCUUUCACAGCGGU